ACAAAAUUUCCCCUUCCUUCCCGUUCGUGGUGUAUGUGGCUCUAUAAUAACACAACUAACCGCUUCAUCUUUACACUCGCUUUUUUACUUCUUUAAGGCGCGUUUCGGGACGUGCUGCAGCAGCGGCCUUUUCUCUUUUCACUUCAAACUCUCUCGUUUUUACCCCGCGGGGCCUUGAACUCGCCACGGCCUGAGCAAACAUCACAAACAUCACGUAUCGCAGCGCUGUUUCUUCUCCGUGUUUUGGAUUGUAAAAUGAGCCGUUCUGAAGGAUGCUCUUGAAUGCACCUGUCCGUAAACGCACCCCGGGAGCGCGCCACGAGCCACGGACUGACAGCGUGAUCCACUGCAGGAAGCCCUGUCCGUGGUGAGCCAGGACCAGGCCUUAUUUGACCCGGCGUUCGGAGCGUCGUCGCUGCUGCAGAUGAAGGCCGAGCUGACCCAGAGCCCGCCGCCUGCAGAGCCCGAGUGGACCACAGGGGGCGCCGCCAGCUCCACCAAAAGGAACGAACACGUCAACGGCACCAGCCGUGAGUCUCCGGUGGACUGCAGCGUCACCAAACGUUCCAGACACAUCAGCAGCGAUGGCUCCAUGUCCUACCAGCCCUACAGCCCCCAGAGCUCCAACGCCACACCCACCAGCAGGUCUCCUCCUGGGGGUAGAUCUACGAUAACGUACCCCAGCUCUGGUUCUCCUCUUGGGGGUAGAUCCACGAUGUCGUACCCCACCUCGGGCUCUCCUCCCGGGGGUAGAUCCACGAUGUCGUACCCCACCUCGGGCUCUCCUCCCGGGGGUAGAUCUACGAUAAAUUACCCCAGCUCUGGUUCUCCUCCUGGGGGUAGAUCCACAAUAUCUUACCCCACCUCUGGCUCUCCUCCCGGGGGCAGAUCCACGAUGGCGUACCCCGGCUCCGGUUCUCCUUCUGGGGGUAGAGCCAUGCAGUACCAGCCCUACAGCCCCCAGAACACACAGAGCACAGCGACUCCAACCCCCAACACAAGUUCUCCUCCAGGGGGCAGCACUGAGGAGAAGAGGGUCAUCGUACCUGCAGACCCGGAGGUGUGGAGUCAGGAGCACGUGCGGCAGUGGCUGGACUGGGCCAUAAAGGAGUACGUCCUGGAGGAGGUGGACGUGGUUCUGUUCCAGGGUUUGGACGGAAAGUCUCUGUGUAAAAUGAGCAAAGAAGACAUGAUGAACCUGACCUCGCCUUACAACGCUGAUAUCCUGCUGUCACACCUCAGCUACCUCCAACAGAGCAGUCCCACGUUCUCGUACCCCUCGACUCCAGCGAGUACCACGCCCCAGCCACGACUGCAGGUCAAAGCAGAAAGUGGAUUUGAUGAGGUCAGUCGCAGAAACAGCUGGUCCAGCACCAUGGCCCCAGUGCCCAAAGAACACAGCCGAGUGACAGAACCAGCUCCCAGAAUCAUCCAAGAUCCAUACCAGACGUUAGGGCCCCUCAGCAGCAGACUGGCCAAUCCAGGCUCGGGUCAGAUCCAGCUGUGGCAGUUCCUGUUGGAGCUCCUGUCUGACAGCAGUAACUCGGGGAUCAUCACGUGGGAGGGCACAAACGGAGAGUUUAAGAUGACGGACCCGGACGAGGUGGCCAAGCGCUGGGGCGAGAGGAAGAGCAAACCCAACAUGAACUACGACAAACUGAGCCGCGCGCUGCGAUACUACUACGACAAGAACAUCAUGACCAAAGUGCACGGCAAGAGAUACGCUUACAAGUUUGACUUCCAGGGCAUCUCCACGGCGCACCAGAGCCAUGCAGCAGAGGGAGGCUUGAAGUACCAGAGCGAAAUGUCCUACGUGCCACAGUUCCACAGCCACCAGCCGAAGGGGCCGUACGUGUCCGCCCACCCCACCUCCGUGCCCGUGUCCCCGGGCGGCUUCUUCAGCCCGGCCUCCCCGUACUGGAGCUCCAACGCCGCGCUGUACCAAGGGACGCCCAUGCCACGGCACCCGGGCACCCACGCCCACCUCAGCUCCUACUACUGAGGAGAGGGACUGCUCAGGAGCCCAGCCUGCACAAACAACAGUUUCAAUGAGUUCAAGUGCAGACCACAGCUUUUCACCUUUCAUUUACUUCAACUUACCAUCUGUACGUUUUAGGGCUGGAGCCCACUUAAAGCUGCAUUGUGUAACUCUUCUGUUUCUAUGGAGAUGUCAUUGCUCUGCCUGGAAUGUUCCACAUUGUGACAUUAAACAGACAUACUUUACAUUUAUUCAGUUACAGGUGGUUGUAGAGUUCAAAAAUACCUAGAAAAAUAGACAAUGUGACUGUGAGUGGGGUCGCCUCUCCACAGAUCUGAUCUGUAACUUGGUCUGCUUUGGUGUCCAUGAAGAUAGAAAGGUUUAAUGCCAUACAGUCGUCCCUCACUAGAACAUGGUUCACCUUUCACGGCCUCGAUGUUUCACAGAUUUUUUUUAAGUGCAAUUUUGCUUUUUUUUUAAAAAUUCGUAUAAAUGUGGAUUAUGUCCCUCCCCCUGCGUCCUGAUUGGCUAAGGGACUGUAGACCAUUGUCAAUCAAUCUCCUCUGUGCCGUGUCUCCUGUUCAGUACAGAAUGUGUUCAGUUUGACAAAUGGACAUAAAUGUUGGAUCUGUAUCAGUGGGAUUUUGAAGUGCUGGAUGUUUGCGAGUUUCUCCUCGACAAAAAACACAAUGUCGACGAAACGUUCUGCACCGACAAAGACUCCUGCGCUUGACCCCAAAAGGCAGAGGAAGAUGUAACCAUCGCACAAAGAGUUUAAAUUCUGGACACGCUGAAGGAAGGUAGAAAUUACGACCUGUAGCAGAGUCCUGCACCGGGUCGGGUCCCAGCAAAUAGUUGUUGAAACGAACAGGUUUUAAAGAUCUGGAAUUUUAUGAGCUGAAAGUGAUUACACACAGGCGGGUCAGGACUAAACCAGGACUAAACCAGAUCUAAAGCAGGCCUAGUCUUGGACUUAAUAGAGAGAACCUUGAGCUUGUGGAGCAGGGUGUUUGCAAAGCGCGAUUGGGGGACGGCUGCGAUUACCUCCAUGGGACUCCGGCCAGUCCUUUCUCCUGCAGUCACCUGACAGUCUACACGGACGCACCUCCGAGCCUGACGCGAGAGUUAGUCCUGGUUUAGUCCUGGUUCAGUAUGUCCUGGUUUAAUCCUGCUUUAAUCCUGGUUUAGUCCUGGUUAGUCCUGGUUCAGUUCGUGGUGUGUGCGGUGCAAAAUUCCAUCAUCUUGAUCAAUGUUUCUUCAGUCUUCAGUCGAGUUACGUCUGUAUUCGUGCUGAAAAAAUCGUAACCGUUUCAUUUUGUUUUGUGAUUGUAAUUCUUGAAGUCGUAACUUUUCAGUUUAUAUUCUGAUGGAUGCUUCAGUGUGCAGAAUGUUUUAAUUUGUGUGUGAUUUAUCACGGGCGUGGAUGGGUAACGGGUGGGUGCAGGUUCAACUUUGAUAUAAUCGUGGGUUAAUGGGUUAUUUUUAGAACAUAACCCCCGCGAUAAACGUGGGACCACUGCACUGUCAAACAUUCAAGACAAACUAAUAACAUUUCUAUGCAGAAAAUAAUUUGACGGACUCUCCACCAGAAAAGUUACACAAUGCACCUUUAAGACAUUCUUCCUGGACUAAAGACAUGUCCUGCCCAUGAAUUGGUCGACUAAAAAAGGGGGCGUGGCCAAAGCUCAUGCAAAAACAAAACUCUGUAUUUCUAUAAAGACAGAUGACAUUUGUGAAUCAGGAGUUGAAUCUGACUUUUUAGUGAUAAAGAAACACCAAGAAAUACCAAAUGUCACUCACUAACAUCUCAUUUGUGCUACUGUCCCAUAGAAAUCCUCAUAAUCUCCAGAAAACCAGGAGUCGACCAACACAAACUGGUCAACAACCAGACCCCGAGAUGACAGAUGUGAAACCUGUUCACCCCUUAACUCACCUGACCCCUCCCCCCUCACCUGACCCCUCCCCCCUCACCUGGCCUCGUGCUCUCCGGUCUUGGUCAGGUCAAGUCUUGCUCACUGUGGGACAGCAGUAACAAAGACAGCAUCUAGUGGUGAUAUGUGAGAAUGCAGCUGGGCUUGGUGGGACUAGUCGAAUUACAGAUGGAGCUUUAAUCCUUUAUCUGGUGGGAGAAGAACUGCUGUGGGAAGUGUUUAUCACAGUUUCACACCAUUUAGAUCUUCAGCCCUGUUCACAUGGGAUAAGUACAACCUGGGGACGUGUGGUCAUUUGUAAAUUACCGCCCCACGUCUGUGUUACUUGUAGCACAUUCACACGGGAAAAGCAAAGUCCGUAAAUUCCUCUGUUUUACUGAUAUUACGACCGGACCAAAACGUACCACACAUCAGCUAUAAAAAUAGGAAGGGCAGUUAGUUUAAAGGUGACUGGACCCGUACUAGACCAGGACUGAACCAGGACUAAACCAGGUCUAAACCAGGACUAAUCUAGGUCUAAACCAGGUCUAAACCAGGACUGGGCUGAGACUAAUCCAGGACUGGUAUAGAACUGAAGUGAGACUAAAGCAGGACUUAACCAGGACUAAACCAGUGUCGGUCUACGGGGUGGAGUUGCGUGGAUCGCUCCCCUCCCUCGGUUCUCAGUAGUGAUCUCGUGGGCAUUAGAUCGCCCCCAUGGAUCUAUUAGCGCUCGCUGCUACACAUGUCAUCCAGGCCGUCAUCCUGAGAGAACUGGCUCUCUUCUUGGACCUCUUCCCGUUUCUGCAGAUCGGUUUACAAAUAGUGCGUCUUCAGUGUUGGGAAGGUGACUUUUAAAAUGUAUUCCCCUACAGAUUACAGAUUACACACACCAAAAUGUAGUUUGUAACAUAAUCCAUUAAAUUACUUAAAGUGAGUAAUGUAAUCUGAAUACUUUGGAUUACUUGAUUUGCUGUAGAGAAGCAAAGACGAGGAAAUCGUAACAUAAGAAGUUUGUCUGAUAAAAGAAAAUGAAAAGUCCAAACUUUACCGAACCAUAUUUAAAAAAAAUAUUGAUAGAAAAGGAGGAGACACGUCCACGCAGCAUGGUCCUGUUAAAUCCCGUUUAAGACCUGGUUUAGUCCUGGUUUAGACCUGGUUUAGACCUGGUUUAG